AUGGGCCGUCACGGUCUUCAUCUUAUUCACUCAAAAGCUUGGGAAAAACAUCAUGAACUUCCGAUACAUGGUGUUCGUUCACAACGCCAAAUGCAUCGACUUCAAUCGAGAUUAGCUGAACUUCAACAGCCAGCUGAUCGUCUUCAACAACUUGCGUAUGAAAUGAAAAUUUCUCCACAAGCAUUCAGCGGCGAUCAAGUCUUAACAUUAGCACCAUACUUUCCUGGUACAGAACUCGUACUUGCUCUUCAUCUAUUCGAUAAUCAUCUAUUUGGUUUACGAUGUGAUCUGGCAAUACAUUUGCUCAACAUGAUUACAGUACCAGAACAACGUCUUGAUGCUUUGCAAGUGAUUGAUGAAAAUCUUCUAGAUCCAGUCAAUCGUUUUCAAUUAAGAAAUCUAUUUCCACCCUAUCUGCUACGACAAGCUGAUCAAAUUCUAGCUGAAGUUCGUGGUCAGUCACAUAUCUAUGGAUCGGUAACUAGUUCUCGAGUCAUCUUUCUCAUCGACACAAGUGGUUCAAUGAGUACUGAAUUUCAAACAGAUUGUGGCGAAUAUUCUAAUCGUCUAGAAUUUAUUGUACAUGAUCUUCAUAAGAUUCUUCAUCAUCGUAUACAACAACAAAUGAAAUUCAAUAUUAUUCAUUUUGGUACGCAUGUUCAUCCUUGGAAACAUACAUUAACACCGGCUACUCAUCAUCAUCUGAAGCAAGCAGAACAUUAUCUGGAUCAUUUAGAACCUGCAGGAACAACAAACACACACGAUGCAUUGAAACAAGCACUCAGUGAUGAAGAAGCAGAUACAAUUUAUUUACUUUCAGAUGGUGAACCAACAAUGGAUACGAGAACAAUUUUACUUGAUUUACAAAAUUGGUUACAACAACGACAAAAUCCAUGUGUGAUACAUACAAUUGCGUUUCUAAUGGGACAUACAAACAAUGAUCCGAGACCAAGAGAGUUUAUGGCUGAGAUUGCGAGAAUGGCAGGAGGAGUUUUUAGAUGUUUAGAUCCGUUUACUCCAAUACAUCAAGAAUUUGGGGAUUCAUAUAAUCAAAAUCCCAAUUUUAAUGACGACGAGUUCGUUCAAUUCUUUCAAGGAAGACUCAGAAAUAUUCCACCACAGUUAUUACAAAAUGUUGGACUAUAUUCUCAACAACAGUAUCCAUCUUCUACAAUGAUUACAACAAAUACUCCUUACCAAAUACAAUCUUCAAAUCCUGUUCAACAAGAUUCGGUUCCGAAUUUCAAAUCUCAACUCAAAUCUCGUCCUCGUCUGCAAGAUGAAAUUGAUAUUCCAUCAUUUCAUCAUGAACAUGGUCACGAUCGUUUUACUAUUCGUUUAAACAUUCGAGAAAUCGUUCCAAGACACGAUGGUCAAUGGUCAGUAUCACAUACAUUUGAUGAAUUUAAACAACUUCAUCAUCAAUUAGAAAAACGAUGUGCUACACCAUCCUUUCCUUCACAUCAUCAUUCCUUACUACAUCGUAGUAAACAUAAUCAGGAAGAACGACGACAAGACUUAGAAAUCUACAUUAAACAAUUAUAUGUCUAUGUUAGUCCGUAUGAAUAUCCAGAAUUUGAUUUAUUCUUAUUAAUGGAAUUACAUGUAAAUCAAUUAAUAAGACAAGCAGAAAUCGAAUGGAAAAUACACGAACAACAAACAGCAAUGCCAUCGUCCACAGAUGAAGCACCACCACCACCAUACGAACUAGCGAUAAGAUAA